AUGCGCCUACGUCUCGACGCCGCGCGUCGUCACAGGCGACGUUCGGUCAAGCGCACACGCACCAACCUCCGCGCUUCGCCUGUCGGCGCACCCGUCGACUUCAUAUGGCUGCAUGGCGUGGUGGCAAGGCUGGAGCCGCGCGUGCUGCCACGUAACCUCCGGACGCGGCGGCGUGGGUUCACGCUUUCAUCCUCCCACUCCCAUCAGCCCGCGGCUGACCAGGUGUGGGAUGCGGUGGCUGGCACAUCAUCCAACAUGAUCCGUCUCAACUGGACCGCACUCGCCACAGGUCUCUUGUGCAUGCUCGUCUCGCUCGUCAAUGUCGCCUGCUUGCCGCUGAGCUACCAUUUCCCCUCGGCCGCCUCGGCUGCCUCGGCCGCAGCUGCCGUAGCCGCUCCUGCAGCUUCGAUGCCCAAAAGCCACCUUCCGUCGUGGGUGGUCGUCAAGCUGGCCACGUCCAAUCUGCCGAUGACGAUCAACAACAAGGUCGGCCACACGCGACACGCUUCCGGAACCCGCAUCCCAGCGUGGCAUACUGGACCGUGGGAUCAGGCAUGGAGUCUAUGGGACGACGUAUCCACCAAGAUCGCCGGCACGAUCCCCGAGUCGAAGCUGCGCAAGCGUGCGGUUGGGUUCAACGUCGAGCGCGAAAUCAUCAACCACCUUCGUCCCGACGACUGGCUCCAACGCACAAAGGACUUUUCCCGAAGCCUGUUCGGACUCAAACUGCACGUGACCCCACAACAGCACGCUAGCGUCGCAAACAGGUACCGCUCCCAAAUCCCCGCUUCGGCCUACCGCUCCCGUAUCGCCGCUUCAUCGUACCGAUCCAGAAUCCCCGCUUCGGCAUACCCCUACACCCGCGCCAAAUCGUUUGCGACCCGCCCUCGUAGACCCGCAACACGCUGGUGA